AUGGCCUGGAAUUUGUUUUGAAAAUCGUUUCCCUCGGGCAUUACCCAGUUCUUUUGGUUGUUGGUGUUGUAGUUUGUUGGUGAUCACUCUAUUGAUUCACCGUAAAAUUCAAACGUUGAGCAUGAAAUGGCUCUAGAACCCGUGAUUUCUGCCAUAAAAUCUGUCUCCCAAAAGAUCCAGUUGCUCCAAAUCCACGCUCACAUUAUACGCACAAACCUCAUUCAAUUCCCCCCAGUUUCUAUUCAGUUCUUGUCCCGUAUAGCUCUCUCUGGUCCAUUGCAAGAUGCCAACUAUUCCCACCGUUUUUUUGAGCAACUCACCCACCCCUUGAUUUUUCAUUACAACACCAUGAUCAGAGCCUGUUCCAUGAGUGAUUCCCCGCUAAAGGGUCUCCUUUUAUAUCGAGAUAUGAGAAGAAGAGGCAUUGCUGCAGACCCUUUAUCGGCUUCCUUUGCUGUUAAGUCUUGUAUUAGGCUUCUGUAUCUUCUUGGAGGGAUUCAGGUUCAUUGCAACAUAUUCAAAGAUGGCCACCAAUGUGAUACCCUUUUGCUCACCGCUGUCAUGGACCUGUAUUCGCAAUGCCAGAGCGGCGGUGAUGCGUGCAAGGUGUUCGAUGAGAUGCCUCAAAGGGACACUGUUGCUUGGAAUGUGAUGAUCUCUUGCUGUGUUCGGAAUAAUAGGACUCGUGACGCUUUGAGUUUGUUUGAUGUUAUGCAGCGUUCGAGCGAUAAAUGUGAGCCUGAUGAUGUUACUUGUUUGCUUCUUCUUCAGGCUUGUGCUCAUUUGAAUGCCUUGGAAUUUGGUGAACGAAUUCAUGGCUAUAUAAUAGAGCGUGGUUAUGGUGAUGCUCCGAAUUUAUCAAAUGCACUCAUUUCUAUGUAUUCACGUUGUGGUUGUCUAGAAAAGGCUUAUGAGAUUUUUAAGAGAACAGGAAAUAAAAGUGUGGUUUCAUGGAGUGCUAUGAUCUCUGGUUUGGCAAUGAAUGGAUAUGGAAGGGAAGCUAUUGAGGCAUUCGAAGAGAUGCUGAGAAUUGGCAUUCAGCCGGAUGAUCAGACAUUCACGGGUGUCCUUUCUGCUUGCAGUCAUUCUGGAAUGGUUGAUGAGGGAAUGUCAGUUUUUGACCGUAUGAACAGAGUGUUUGGAAUAACUCCCAACGUUCAUCACUAUGGGUGCAUGGUUGAUCUCCUGGGCCGUGUUGGCCUGCUUGAUAAGGCUUAUCAGCUUAUUAUGUCAAUGGUAGUGAAGCCAGAUUCCAAAAUAUGGAGGACUUUGCUUGGGGCUUGUAGGAUUCAUGGCCAUGUUACACUUGGUGAACAAGUAAUUGGGCAUUUGAUUGAAUUGAAAGCUCAAGAAGCUGGGGAUUACGUUUUACUUUUGAAUAUUUAUUCUUCAGCUGGACACUGGGAAAAGGUAGCAGAGGUGAGGAAAUUGAUGAAAGAUAAAGAUAUCCGAACAACCCCAGGUUGUAGCACAAUCGAAUUGAAAGGAGUAGUACACGAGUUUGUUGUGGACGACAUUUCACAUUCAAAAAAUCGUUUGAUUUAUGAGAAGCUAGAUGAGAUUAAUCAUCAACUGAGGAUUGCAGGUUAUGUUGUUGAACUUUCAUCUGAGUUACAUAAGAUGAAUGACAAAGAAAAGGGGUAUGUGCUCUCACAUCACAGUGAAAAAUUGGCUGUUGCUUUCGGGGUUCUUGCAACUCCGCCUGGCACAACACUAAGAGUGGCCAGUAAUAUCCGUCUAUGUGUUGACUGCCACAAUUUUCUAAAACUUUUUUCUGGGGUUUACAACCGUGAUGUAUUUCUUAGGGACCAUAAUCGAUUUCACCACUUCAGGGGAGGGCACUGCUCAUGUAACGAUCAUUGGUAGGGAAAUUAUUUGCAGAUGAUAAAUGUCUCAUGUCGAUCGCCGAGUGUUACUGGACUGAAAUUAUUCCCAAGGGAAACUAAAUGUAGAAUUGCUAAUUUUACGGCUGGUUAUUUGUAGAAACUUGGUGAAAUAUUGGCUUAAUUGAAAUGCAACCAUAAAUACAAACUACCAAGCAGGCAUUAACUGCAUUGCUAGUGUGGAUCAGUGAAGGUUCAGAUAACCAUUGCCUUUAUUCCAGUAUCAUUUCAUGGCGCACCGCAGCACCUGUUAGUACCACGGUCUCAGCUGAUUGUUUCUGAAGCUUAUGGAUAGACUAUUCAAGGACGAUCCUGCUAGACACGAUAUCAGACACCUAACAAACAACGGUGACCUGCAAAACAUCAAAUCUGCUACCCGGCAAAUUUGUUGUUGGCAUGAGUUUUUUUGUUUUUAAGCUUUUGGAGUACUUUUUCUUAUAUUGAAGAUCAAUUGAAACAGUACACUGAGCUACAGUCAUUUGACCUAAGAGAGGGUAGGUUCGUCCUGUACAAUACGUGGAUUUUGCUUGACAUUGGCAUUCCUCAAAGUGCUGACAAGGUUACAAUCCCUACUAACUGGAUCAACUCUGACCAUGCAGCUUUUGUCCAUUCAAAAUAUAUUAAGGAGCCAUAUCAAAGCGCUCUGAUAAUGCCAAAUGAUAAUUUAUAUGCAUUCCAUUUAGAUAAAAGCAUCUGACAGUUUAUUCUCUUAUUUUUUUUACUUAAAAUUGCUCCUAUGUCUGGCUAGUGACUUAAAGUAAGAAUAUCGUAAAAAAUCUAAUUGAUUCUAACCAGGUAAGAUAACUAUCUGCUGACAAUCUUGAUCGUGAAAAAUAUUUUAAUAAGAAGAAAUUACAAAUACAACUUAAAAUCCACGAGUAGUAGGGUUAAUUAAAACACCUCGUCAGGUAGUUAUUUUCAAACUGCAAUCUUCUAUAAGCAGACU